AUGGCAAACUCGGUGGCUAAUGUUGCACUACUAGGGGUUUGCAUCCUGCAAAUGAUGAGCUUACUUGUGCUGCAAGCUGACGCCAGGGCUUUCCUAGUGUUUGGAGAUUCCCUCGUGGACAAUGGUAACAAUGACUUUCUAGUGACCACUGCUCGUGCCGAUAACUACCCUUACGGUAUCGACUACCCAACUCACCUUCCCACCGGCAGAUUCUCCAAUGGUCUUAACAUUCCGGAUCUCAUCAGUGAGCAUUUGGGUCAAGCGUCUCCACUGCCUUACCUGAGUCCUAUGCUGAAGAAAGACAAGCUCCUAAUCGGCGCCAACUUCGCUUCCGCUGGUAUUGGAAUCCUUAACGACACCGGUAUCCAGUUUGGGUGUAUUGGUAAUUCCAAUGCAGUUGAACAUAAUUCGGAUCACGAAGCAGUUGGAGUACUUCGAGCAGUACAAAGUAAGAGUGAGUGGACUGGUCGGAGAAGAGGAGAUGGAGCGGCUCGUUAA